UAGACGCUGUCCAACGCUGAAGGAUUAAAGGAUGGCAAACUUAAGGAUUACCGUCGCCCGGAUGCAUUUUGGAUUAAAUUUCAUUUUUCUCAUUAUCGUGUCCUCUAUCUAUGGCAAUCACACCCCGGACAGCGGGAAACCGACCGAUAGUGCGUCCGGUGCGCCUGUGGCACAUCACUCUCCGCCGGCACUGUCGCUCAUACCGGACGAGGAGAUAGCCCACUUCGUGAACCAGUCGCGGAUGGUGAGCUGCCGCUUCUCGAAUGCGGACGUCAAGCUUAAGUGGCGCAAUCCGAAAAACGCCGUCGUUACCGACACCAAAGGCCGGGUGCACAUCGAGGAGCUAGGCGGGUCGCUGACGCUUAUCUUCGAGUCGAUUAUCCGUGCCGAUCAGGGCAACUGGACGUGCGAAGCGGACGAUGGCAGUGGAACCGCACGGCGGAAGUCCUUCAAAAUGAUAGUUAACGAGGCAAUAUCGUUUCGAGACACGAGAACCGUGCAAACGGCGGUGGAAGAUAAGGACGCCACCAUCCGGUGCGAAGUGCGAGGCCAUCCGGAGCCGACGGUGUCCUGGUAUUUCAACGGGCAGCCAUUGUUUCCUCCCAACGGCAAGUACACCAUGCUGGCGGACGGACUGCUAAUCAAGCGUGUCUCGAAAACCGACAGCGGCGAAUACACGUGCAAGGCGUUUCAGGUUUCCGCCGCCGGAAGUAGCUUCCAGGAGAAAACGAUACGGCUCAACGUCAAACACAAACCGGUCUUCCCGAGGCGUGGCUACGGAUCGGCCAACAUAACGUACGGCUACGUGGGCGGCUCGGUGAAUCUGACGUGCGAAGCGAUGGCGGAACCACCGGCAAACUUCACCUGGUCGGCUAACAAUAAAAAGUUUACCCAUAAAAGUCAUCUCAUCUACAGCGGACCGCACGUUUCCCUGCUGCAGAUAACGAUCAAGAACAGUACAGCUUUUGGCAAAUACAAGUGCGAAGCUAAAAACGAGCUGGGCACCAUCUCCCGGGAUAUCCAGCUCAGAGAGGGCACCAAACCGGAUCCUCCUAGCAGGUUUCAACUGCGUGGCGUCAACUCGGACACGCUUGACAUCGACGUCGGGGCCACGAAAUCGCAUGACGUCGAUCCGGAUCACACCACCGUCAUCGGUUACCGCUUCGAGCUGAUCCCGACCGAGGAAUACGCAAAGCACCACAACUGGGACCGGGCUAACCGGCGGGAUUUCGACGUCGAGGACGGUGUCACGUACUUGCUGGUACAUCUGAUCCCGGACACUAAGUACCUCAUCCGGGUGGCAGCCCGAAACGCUGCCGGCUUGAGCGAGUGGACCGAGGUGAAGGAGUUCUCCACCCAUCCGCUGCAGCCGCACGGGUUCAACUCGGGCUCCAGCUGCACCAGGAGCAAUGCUGGUGGACUGCUGGCGCUGUUGGUGCUUGCGCUGGCGGCAAAUGUGCGGUCUUUCGCUGGCUCGGACGAAAAAUUUAAAUUUUAACCACCUUUCCCCAUCGCGGGGAAGUAAGAGAAUGUUCAAUCAAAAGACUAGUCGACAGGAAAAAAAAACUGAAUCCUCUUUAAUUGGGGGGGAAAAAGCUAAUAAAAAAAGGAUUUAGCAUUCAUUCCAUUCACUGACACAUCUAUACGCACUGACACGUUCAUUAAAAUACAUUUUAAUUGGU